GGAGGGGGUGCAGCGGAACGUGCUGCUCUGCCGGGCUCAUUGGCAGUGCCACUGACGAGCGGUGAUGGGAGACGGCUGCGUAGCUGAGCCCCAGCCUGCUGGGUUGAGCCUGCUGUAGGGUUUUGGUGGAUGCGAGAGAGCUGCUGUGAGCUGCUCUGCUGCUGCCCGGAGAGAGGUGGGGAGGCGAGGGGUGUCCAAGUGUGACUUCCACCCCGUGCAGGAGGUUGUCACUGAAGAAGAUCGCUCUGCUCUCUCCCCAGAGCCUCUCUGACCACGCUGCCGGCUCAGACGCACCGGCAGAGAGGACAGGUCAAAGGCAUGCCAGCUUUUCCAUGAUGCCUGGCCAUGACCUGGAGGGACAGGGACAAGAGGUAGUUUGGUCAUCUUAGCGAGGUCAGCCCGGAGCUCUGCCUGUUGAGGAGAGACCUUCAGAGGUGUUGAAUGAUGAGUACGAUAAUGCCAUCUCCUGCCGCUCCCUGGUGAGCUGUGACGCCAAACUCAAAACACUUUAGACCUGAAGCUGGACUUAACCUGCGGUCCUGGUCUUAGAAGGAAAUGCUGUCUCUCUCUUCUGUGAUCAUCCCUCAACUCUGAACGUCUUCCUUUGAAAAACUGACCUUCUGCACUAAGGGUCAAAGGAUCAAAUGGGUUGAGAACAACGGGCCCUCCUUUUCCUUGCAGAGGAUUCUUUGGUAUAUUUUUAAAUGCCAGGACACGAAACAGUAAAUCCCUCCUGCAAACAGCCCUGACUGCUGUCCAAGCCAGCCAGUUAAAGGGUUAACUGUAACUGGAUGCCUGAAUGGCUGCCUUACUGAUCCCGUGGAGAAGACUGUCAACAGAAGAAGCAACGAGAUGGGCAGAUUCUUUUGAUGUCCUCUUGUCCCAUAAAUAUGGGCUGGCUGCUUUCCGUGCUUUCCUGAAGACAGAGUUCAGUGAGGAAAACCUGGAGUUCUGGCUGGCCUGCGAGGACUUCAAGAAGACGCGCUCGGCAGCCAAGCUGGCGGCCAAGGCGCAGCGGAUCUUCGAGGAGUUCAUUGACGUGCAGGCCCCGCGAGAGGUGAACAUAGACUUCCAGACACGGGAGCUGACAAGAAGAAAUAUGCAGGAGCCUUCCCUCUCUUGCUUUGACCAAGCUCAGGGGAAGGUGCACAGCCUGAUGGAGAAAGACUCUUACCCCAGGUUCCUGAGAUCCAAAAUUUACACAGAUCUGCUGUCUCAAACUCAGAGGAGGCUCAGCUAGAGCAGCAUUGCAGCCCUCAGAAACCAUGUGCUUCCCACAACAGCCAAAACCCAUGCAUAAAUGUGAAACUUUCUUGGUGUUAAAAGCGGUGGGGAAUGAGAAAAGAGGAAGAAGGGGAAGGGGAGGCUUCCAGAGCAUGAUCCAGAUGUGGUGUUAGGACUCUCUGAGUUUCUGUGCUUUUUUUCAGUUAGCAGUAGCAUCUUGCAGUUGUUGCCUCUCUCUAGCACAAACCUGUAAUUGUUGCCUCUCUAGCACAAACCCAUAACCCUCUCUAGUCAUGGGGGCAUCUCUUGGGAGGGAAGGUUUCCUUUAAGGUUGAUUGUGUUGGUUUGUGUGUAAAUAACACCACUGCACCUUUCCAUCCUUCCAGAUAUCUCUCUGGCUCUCACCUCUCCC